GCGCUCUGAUUGGCCUGCGGGGAGGGAGAGCGGGGGGCCGUGCGGCGUGGCGCGGCGCCUACUUCCGGUCGGCGGAGCGGCUGAGGAGAGCGGGCGGCGGCAGCGGCUCCCGGUGUGUCUGAACCACCAUGACCAUCCCUCAGCUCCUCCUGUGCCUGUCUCUCUCCAUGCUCUGCAUCUCGAGCAAACCCACCGAGAAGAAGGACCGGGUUCACCAUGACCCGCAGCUCAGUGACAAGGUCCACGAUGAUGCGCAGAACUUUGACUACGACCACGAUGCUUUCCUUGGUGCGGAUGAGGCCAAAACCUUUGAUCAGCUCACGCCGGAGGAGAGCAAGGAGAGACUCGGAAUGAUUGUAGAUAAGAUAGACACGGAUAAGGAUGGGUUUGUGACGGAGGGGGAGCUGAAAGCCUGGAUUAAGAAGGCCCAGAAGAAAUACGUGUAUGACAGUGUCGAACGCCAGUGGCAGGAGUUUGACAUGAAUCAAGAUGGAUUUAUCUCCUGGGAUGAGUACAGAAACGUGACAUAUGGCACUUACCUCGAUGACCCAGACCCUGACGAUGGGUUUAAUUAUAAACAAAUGAUGGUGCGAGAUGAACGACGCUUCAAGAUGGCUGACAAGGAUGGAGACUUGACUGCCACCAAGGAAGAGUUCACCGCCUUUCUGCACCCUGAAGAGUACGAUUACAUGAAAGAUAUAGUCGUGCAGGAAACCAUGGAGGACAUUGACAAGAACGGGGACGGCUACAUUGAUCUGGAGGAAUACAUAGGUGACAUGUACAGCCACGACGGGGACGCUGAUGAGCCCGAGUGGGUGAAAACAGAGAGGGAGCAAUUCGUGGAAUUCAGAGACAAGAACCGCGAUGGCAAAAUGGACAAGGAGGAAACCAAAGAUUGGAUCCUACCUUCAGAUUACGACCAUGCCGAGGCGGAAGCGCGGCACCUCGUCUACGAAUCCGACCAGAACAAGGACGGCAAGCUGACCAAAGAGGAGAUUGUGGAGAAGUAUGACUUGUUUGUGGGGAGUCAGGCCACAGACUUCGGGGAGGCCUUGGUGCGACACGAUGAAUUUUAAGAGCUGUACAGAGAAAGCCGUUUCUUAAAUAAUUUAUUUUUUACAGUUUCUGGGAUUAUCGUAAGAAACAUUUUUCGCUACUGAGACUGUUAUUUCAGGCGAUGAGGUGAAACAAAAAAAAUAUCUCUUCCCGUCCUUUUUUUUUUUCUUCCUUCUUCCCAAAGGGAUGGGGACUCGCUGUUCUGAAAAGCAACUCUUACUACGACACUUCGUCGGUUGUGUCUUUUUUUUUUUUUUUUUUUUUUUUUUUUUUUUUUUAGAUUUACACAUUGUUUUAUGGUCUUAACAAGUUCUGUUUAUUUUUGUAUUUGUUUUGGUUCCACGUGAAGUGAAGAAACACGUAUCCUGACAAGCUAAGGGUAGAGCAACGGUAACGGUUCCCCGCUUGCCCUGCCUCCCUCUCUCCCCUUUGAUUUGUUGGUAUGUACUCAGCUACGGUCUUUUAAAAUAAAAUAAUCAAGAAAAAAAAAAAACCUAGAACAAGCCAGAGAACAAUAGGGCCAAAAGGAAAAAUAAAACCAGAGGUGAGUCAUGCUUGUUUUAGACCGGGCUUUGCAAAUCCAAACACGGUUCAUCUGGCCCGGAGGGAGUCGUGCUCAGCUCCUCGCCUCCGGCUCCAGCAGGAUUUGCAGGCAGCCCUUGCCCGGUCUGCCCGCACUUUUCCCGGUUCUCCAGGAGGAGCUGGAUUUGCAAACCCCUCUCUGAAACAACGGCGAGGCUCCGAGUCAGGCGAGUGCCAGCGGGUGCUUCGUAACCAGAAACGGGUGUGGGGCCAUUCCACGUGCUUCACUCCCUCCGCCAGCCCAAUUAACGAGCCCCUUAAUUAAGUGGAGCCGCAUGGGUGCAGGAAAACCAACGGCAACACAAGCUGAUGGUGUCGGUCCCCUCCCCGUCAAAAUGCUUUCCCGCUUCUGCAGCCCCGGGCGUCGCUCAAAGUGCCUUUAAUCCACCCAAAAACGCUGCGAAGGAGGAACGGCGGGGCCGGCACCCGGCCGGGCACGGGGGUAGACGCUUGCCGCACUCCCAUCGUACCCAUAGCAUGAAGUUACUCUUUCUCGAUUAUUAUUAAUAUUCUAUUUUUAUUAUUUUUAUUAUUUUAAAAUUUUUUGUAACCCUGCGUUCCCCGCUUCACCCAGGGACGUCUCGCUUCCCUCUCGCAGCCCGCUCGCCUCGUCCCCGCGCGCUCGGCCGACCAGCAGCAGCGUGGAUCCUCCUCCGGCGGCGUCACGCAGAGGUUGGUGCCGGCCGGCCGCCCGCGCCAGGGAAACAACAAAAAAAACCCCCCCCGGCUUCUCCCUUAAAUCGGUCUCCAAGGGUUAAAAGCGCGGACUAUAACCUAUAUAUACUCCUCGUAUUUCAUGUACCUUUCUUAAAGUAACACUUUUGAUAUAACUCAAUGGUGAAUCAGAUAAUCCUAAUCGAGAUCCGUGCGGUGAACGUGCCUUCAGCGCUCGUCCCCCCCCCUUCCCCGCUCGGGGCUCUCGGAUUUGGCCAGUGGGGAACGCCGGGAAAGACUCACCAACGCAGCACCAUCGGGCCCCGGUUGCUUCCCCCCCCCCCCGACAUCAAAACCCCUGGCCAGCUCCGGCACGCUCCGGCAUGCUCGGCUUUCUCCACACAGAAGGACUUUGCAACGACGAGCGUGCGGCUCCUCGGCGUUAACGACUUCAGACACUAAUUUUGUUUGCCGGCGUGGGGUUUGCCCCCGCGUUCCCCUGUUGUUGUGUGUGUCGUCCCCCCCCCCCCCCACCCCGUGUUUAUUCCUCCGGUAUUUCUCCUCUCGGGAUGAUUUAAUUUUUGUCCUUCUGGUGUAAACGGAGCUUCGCAGCCGUGCCGGAAGAUUCUGUGGCUCAAUAAACCCGUUUACAUUCACCCCA